AGAGGGAGCGAGAGAGGGAGAACUUCCACGAUCACGAUAAGAGUACCUGAUCGCCGUUGUAUCAGUUGUGCCUGAGUUACAGCUAUUGUUGGCAGUCGUGUUAGUUCCAGUUCGUACUGUGUAUGAUCUGCGUUUGAACGGAGUUAUUACCAUGGCGUUACCAACAGCAUUGACAACUUUGUUUAAAUACAUAGAUGAACAAAAAGAGCAAUAUAUAAAUAACUUGAAAAAGGCAAUAGCUAUUAAAUCUGUGUCAGCAUGGCCGGACCACAGAGACGAAGUGAUUAAAAUGAUGAAAUGGGCAGAAGCGAGAUUGGAAGAUCUUGGAGCAAAUACGGAAUUGGCUGAUGUAGGAAAACAGACUCUUCCUGAUGGCAGUAAAAUCCCACUUCCUCCUGUGUUACUUGGAAGUCUUGGCUCAGAUCCGAAGAAAAAAACCGUACUUUUAUAUGGACAUUUGGAUGUACAGCCCGCGUUAAUGAAGGAUGGCUGGGAUACUGAACCGUUUACUCUUACCGAGAAGGAUGGAAAACUCUAUGGUCGAGGCAGUACAGACGAUAAAGGACCAGUUCUUUGUUGGAUACAUGCAUUGCAAGCUUAUAAAGCAACUGGAAUCAAGAUUCCUGUCAAUCUCAAGUUUGUCUUCGAAGGAAUGGAAGAAAGUGGUAGUGAAGGUUUGGAUGAACUUCUUUGGGCAAAGAAAGAUAGUUUUUUAAAGGACGUAGAUUAUAUCUGCAUAUCCGACAAUUAUUGGCUGGGCACUAAAAAACCAUGUGUCACUUAUGGUCUACGAGGUAUCUGCUAUUAUCAAUUGGAAGUCACUUGCGCCGCUAAGGACUUACAUAGCGGUACUUUUGGUGGAUGCGUAUACGAAGCUAUGGCAGAUUUGAUUUACUUAAUGAAUACUCUGGUCGAUGUUAACGGUCGCAUCUUGAUAGAUGGCAUUUAUGAUAGUGUCGCAGAAUUGACGAAAGCCGAAUUAGACAGUUAUAAGGAUAUAGAUUUUGAUGUACAUGAAUUUAGGGAAACAGUUGGAACUAAAGAACUAGCACAUAAGGAAGAUAAAACUAAGCUCUUAAUGCAUCGUUGGAGGCAACCUAGUUUGUCUCUUCAUGGAAUAGAGGGUGCUUUCAGUGAACCAGGAGCAAAAACAGUAAUUCCGAGUAAAGUUAUUGGCAAAUUUUCGCUUAGAAUAGUGCCUGACAUGACUCCAGACGAGACGACUAAGAAGGUGACCAAAUAUAUAAAUAAGAAAUGGCAAGAGAGGGGUAGCCCAAAUAUUAUGAAUGUGAGCCUGUGCCACGGUGGCAAACCAUGGUCCGAGAAUCCCGAUCAUCCGAAUUACGUAGCUGGUCGAAAAGCUACUCAACAUGUUUAUAAUGUAGAACCUGAUCUCUCUCGCGAAGGUGGAUCGAUACCAGUUACUUUGACCUUUCAAGAAGUUACUGGUAAAAAUGUAUUGCUCUUACCAGUUGGUCAGGGUGAUGAUGGUGCACAUUCUCAAAAUGAAAAGUUAAGUGUACAUAACUACAUCCAAGGGACGAAACUCCUUGCAGCUUAUCUAUAUGAAGUAGCUCGUGUGUAAUAUUUUGCUGUUGGCAAUAGCUUUAUCUGAGUUCAAGGUGCUUGGAAUUUUUUUAUUAUUAAUUUACUUCAAAGCGUUA